AAGACCGGGUUCUCGUGAAAAGCGACGAGACGGUGGCGCGCACACGCUGCCUAAUAACAAGAAACAUACCAGAUAAUUUGAAACUAUCGUCUUAAAAGCGAUCUACGUGUGUGUGUUGGAAACGCUUAGCGUGAGCUAAAGAGGUAGUAGCCGCAGCACCAACAGCUUCCAGGUUAACAGCAGCACCAGAGCCGGAGUCGUAAUGUCGGGUGUAGUGCGAGGCCCCGCCGGGAACAACGACUGCCGCAUUUACGUGGGAAAUUUACCGCCUGAUAUUCGCACCAAAGACGUAGAGGACGUGUUUUACAAGUACGGAACCAUUCGAGAUAUCGACCUGAAGAACCGUAGAGGAGGACCGCCUUUCGCCUUCAUCGAAUUUGAGGACCCGAGGGACGCAGACGAUGCAGUCUACGGACGUGAUGGUUACGAUUAUGAUGGAUACAGACUGCGUGUGGAGUUCCCACGGAGCGGCAGAGGUUCCAGGGGAGGGGGAGGAGGAGGGGGUUAUGGUGGAAUCGGUGGCGCUCCCCGGGGUAGAUAUGGACCUCCAUCCAGACGCUCGGAGUACCGAGUCAUCGUGUCAGGCCUCCCUCAGAGCGGCAGUUGGCAGGACCUGAAGGACCACAUGCGUGAGGCAGGUGAUGUGUGCUACGCUGAUGUUUUCAGAGAUGGAACUGGCGUGGUUGAAUUUGUGCGCAAAGAAGACAUGACCUACGCCGUCCGCAAGCUGGACAACACUAAAUUCCGCUCACAUGAGGGGGAGACAGCGUACAUCCGCGUGAAAUUGGACGGUCCCCGCAGCCCGAGUUACGGAAGGUCGCGUUCCCGCAGUCGUGGCAGUCGGAGCAGGAGCCGAAGUCGCAGUGCCAGCCGCAGCCGCAGUGAUUCCAGGGGGCGUGGCCGUGGUUCGCCGCGUUACUCUCCUCGUCACAGCCGUUCUCGUUCCCGAUCCUAAAACUGGGGGAGAACUUCCCUUUGGCAGUUUUUACCUCCUCCCAUGCUUGAGUUUUUAAGUUUUCCAUUUGAUGUCCCGCUGUCAUGUGGAUGAUGUUGGUAUGUAGCUGUAGCUCCGCCCCCUUUUUCCCCUCUUCAUCUGUCACCCACCUACCCAUGUUCUUCACAGCGUUAGGAAUAGUGCUGUUGUUAUUAAACUGCUUCUUGUUUUUGCUCUGAUGAAAUCUACUUUUCUCUGUUUUUUGUUUUUAUGGAUAAAAGUCUGUUUUGGAUUUUGGGGCAGUUAACUGUAUUUUACCCUUGUGUCUUCCUUUAGACGUCUGAAGAGAAGGAUUAAAGUGAUUUGGAAUAAAAGCCUUGUGGAGCACGUUUGGUUUGUUUGGUCAGGAUGUAGGAGGAACCAUCAGGUCCAGGUACGACUGGUACCACCUACAUCCCAGUCACUGCUCCUUCUGAUUGGUUGAUGGUUGAUUUCAUGCAUGUGCUGUGUGAGUGGAGCUGUUGGUUUACAUCUGUUCAGACUGUCUCACUGUUUCUGGACUCUGACAGAGUAAGAAAACAGACUUGGAAUAGGUGUCAAAUUUUCCUCGGUGUAUAAACAUUGUGGAGUUUCUUUUUUUUAUUAUUCUUGAUCUGAUUCCACUUGGAGUCAGAUUAAGGAUCAGGCCUAAAAUCCUCUGAUUCUAAUGGUCUGCCUCUGAUUUUCUUCCUGGUAUUUUUUUAAAGGUUUUGAUUGGAGCCAUGGCUCAGCUGAUCCAAAUCCUGGAGCUGGAUGAGUGGAUCGUUUAGUGAAGGGAUAGGACAGGAUGGAUGCUUGGAACGGGAUCAGGUUUCCAGGAUUCAAAUGAAAGUUUUGUUUGAGAACAAAAGAGCUGAAAGUAAACUUUUCAGAUGCGUUUAUGGAUUAAGUUUUACGAGGAUAAAGGAAGCAGGACCAGGAAGUUGGAUCACAGGAUGGAGUCGUAGAAGCCUGGUACGAAGGAAUCAAAUCAAAUUGUCCCUUUUUAUGAAAAGGGAUCCAUUUGGGAUUAGUUUGUCUAAUCUUCUCCUCUCACAGCUUUUUUUUUUUUUAUUUUUUAAAAUAAAACUCUGGAAAAAGCA